GUGAGCAUCAGCUGACAGGCAGCGGGGUUCGGGGAGCUACUCAUUCAUGGCUUUGCGGGACAUUUAAGCAGCGACCCGGGACUGCGGGUUUGGUUUGGAAAACCGGGCUGUCGGGCGGUAAUGUAUGGUGGGAAUGAGAAGCAGUCGGCGCCUGUUCCUGAGGUGCCUACGUUUGGGUCACCUGAGGAGAUUUAGGUUUGCAACUCAACUGAUAAAUUAUAUAAGAUAUGCAAGGCUGUGCAUUGUUUCCCUCGCCUACAACUCAUUCACCAACAGUGACGUUGUCAUCGAAUCUCUCUUUGAACCUGUUUACUGGCUUGUGGACCAUGUGACUAGGUGGUUUGGCAUUGUUUUCGUGGCUCUGGUUAUUGUGCUAACAAGCUCUAUAGUGUUGAUUGUGUACAUCUGCGUCCUGCCCCUUAUUAUUCAGACGUACUCUACUCCCUGGAUCUACUGGCAUGUCAUCUAUGGACACUGGAAUCUCAUCAUGAUUGUUUUUCAUUACUACAAGGCAAUUACGACGCCCCCUGGAUAUCCCUCACAAAUGGAGACAGACAUCCCAUCCGUGUCUAUUUGUAGGAAAUGUAUAGCACAUAAACCUGCUCGAACCCAUCACUGUAGCAUCUGUAGCAGGUGUGUGCUGAAAAUGGAUCAUCAUUGCCCCUGGUUAAACAACUGUGUGGGCCAUUACAACCAUCGAUAUUUCUUCUCGUUUUGCCUGUUUAUGACUAUGGGAUGCAUAUAUUGCAGUUUCAGUAGUCGGGUCAUGUUCCGUGAAGCAUACAGUGCUAUUGAGAAAAUGAAGCUCCAGGAGAAGGAGAGACUUCAGUUUGCAGCCAAUGAGACCUACAAUGAUACUCCACCCCCCACCUUCACAUUUAGAGAGAGAAUGUUUCACAAGUGCAUCAUAUACCUUUGGGUGCUCUGCAGCUCUGUAGCACUGGCCCUGGGGGCUCUGACUCUGUGGCAUGCCAUGCUCAUUACUCGGGGGGAGACCAGUAUAGAGAGGCACAUCAACAAAAAGGAAAGGAAGAGGUUGGAAUCGAUUGGCAAGGUAUUUUAUAAUCCCUAUAGCUAUGGUCGGAGUGGCAACUGGAAAGUUUUCUUUGGAGUAGAGAGAAAGCUACACUGGGUAACCAGAGUUGCUCUACCAUCUUCACACCUGCCAUUUGGGAAUGGUUUAACCUGGAGCGCUCCAUCCUGGCUAGUCAAUAAGCAGCCGUCUGUUCUCGCUAUAUGAUAAAGAACUGCACUCCUAUUUGCCUCUAUCCCUCUGUUCCGAAUAGGAUGGCUGUGCAGUAGUUGCACUGCAGGGACUAGCACAGAAGAACCUUGCAUUUAACGGACCUGAACUCAGCCUUUGUGUUUCACUACAGCGUGUGUUUUAUGCAGUUUCUUGGAACCGUAGAGCGACACAUAAAAUAUUUCUCUAUGUGUAAAAUGUUAGCUGGGAAUUGAUAUCCACAUAACCGUAAGUGUUGUGUCACUAAGGAGAAACAGACCUUCCCAUAAAUGACUGACUGACCUUCCAUAGGACAAAAGGCAAGUGUGACUUGUACGCAGCAAGUAACUGCCCCAAAUGGAAGCAGAAGGAGUUUUUCUCUUUCCCUAGACCCCUGCAUAACACAGGAACCACUGCCAUGACACACACAGCAUGGUAUGAGGCUAUAACUGGUGUCACUCAACAUGUCAUAAGGGUGCCCCAUGCCUGCUUUAUUGAAAAGACCCUCCAGUACUUAUGAAGUAUUUAGUGACUAUUGGGUUAAUGGCACAUGAUGACUGGUGAACCUUGUGUCAUGUGAUUAUUCUUUUAGUGCUACUGGAAACAGUUACAUACAGUGAGUUCUAUUCAUACAUUCUUACCUGUUGUGUUGCACAUCUAGCUACAGGUGCUUUCACCAUUCCAUAGGGCCCCUACAUCACGUGAUAUGUCUUUAACGCCCAAGUUUAGGAAACCAGUGCAAAGUACUUUAAUCCUUUCCCCCCAGUCUGUAACUUGUGCC